AUGCAUGUGUUCUUGCUUCUCUCCUUCUGCCUGUUAACCUGUUAUGGGAAAUACCAAGACGAUGACUGGAUUGAUCCCACAGACAUGCUGAAUUAUGAUGCAGCUGCUGGUAGAAUGAAGCAUCAUAAACAGUACCACACAGGAAAGACUGCUGUGAAUGAAGAGUCUAAUAAACAAUCUUACGUCACUUGCCAGUCAGAUCACAUGGAUUGUGAGAUAGACACUAAUAACUGGAAGCAAAAGGAUCGUACAGAAGUUUUUUCUGAAGAAGAGGUAAAGGAAGUUAAAAAUGAGAUUAUGUUCCAGGAGUGUAAAGAGGACAUGGAUAUCCUGAAAAAAGAGAUUGAGGAGUGUCGAAAGAAAGGGGCAAUUCCACAGAACACCUGUAACCCCGUGUUCAGACGCUUUUUAUACAGGAUUAUAAAUGAGGCUCAACUUCUUGGACUACCAGAUGAUUCCCAGCCUGAGGUCCAUUACGAUGCAGAGCUGGUGCUUACAAAGCAGAUGGUUGCAGAGUUCCUGAGAUUUCUUGAUGAUACUGACUGGAAUGCUGGUCCGCUUGAUGAAGCUUUGGGUGGGACGUUGGUCAGAUUUAGACAUCACAAUGAAGAAGAAUGGAGCUGGACAUUUGAGGACUACAUAGGAAUUGAUCCCUUCAGCACAUUCAUGAUUUCCUUAAGUCUACUUUGUAUUGUGAUGGUAGUAGCCACAGAACUAUGGACUCGUGUCAGCUGGUUUACACAGAUAAAGAGACUGCUCGUUCUGUGUUUUGUGGUUAGCCUUGGCUGGAACUGGCUGUAUUUGUACAGGGAUGCCUUUGCUGAACGGCAGGCGAAAUUAAUAAAAAUAGAAAAUGAUCACUCCUGUGGCAAGCAGAUGACUUGGUCAGAAAAAUUUGCUUGAGUGGUGGAAAAGUUCAUCAUCUUUCCAGAAUGAUCCAUGUGAGGAAUAUUUUAAAGCUUUAAUGGUAAACCCAAUACUUCUGGUCCCACCAACCAAAGCUUUUGCUGUCACUUUCACCAACUUCAUAACAGAACCUUUAAAGCAUAUAGGUAAAGGGAUUGGAGAGUUCUUUCAUGCUUUGUUAGCAGAGAUGCCCUUGUUUUACCAGCCAAUAAUACUAAUUGCUAUAGUACUGCUUUUACUGGUGUUUUGUUAUGGGUUUGGCACAAAUGUUCAUCAUCUAAGUCUGUUACCGAGAAAUUAUGAUGGAGACAGAGAGAGACUGCCCCCCCCAAAUCCACAGAGACAUGAUCAGUAUAUUGAAGGCGGGGAUGGUCGCUUCCACAAUAAUCCACAGCCAAUCCAACCACGGCAUGCUGACGAUCACAGGGAUGUUUCAAAUCGUAGACCAGAGGCCUUGCCCCCCCAGGAUUUGACAGAUUUCAGUAAUCGCCAGCCAGAGUUUGUAGAAUGGAUCUCUGCCUAAUGAGCAACCACAAAAGAAAAAAGUGGCUCUAAGGAAAAGAAUCAUUGGCCAACAUAUAAAGGAUGAGCCUUCUGGACAGCUGCAGAAUAAAGAUGAUUCUUUAGACCAGAGACCUCGAAGUCAACAGCCAGUGAGGGAACUUCUGGAAGACAUCCCUCUUGGAUCCCAGGGUCAGUGGGAAGACAAUGAACCUCUUAAUAAAAUAACACAUGCUCACCAAGAUUUCUCUGGCAGUCAUGUUGACAAUAAAGAAAAUCGGUUACCAGAUGGAGAGACAAUAGAGAACAUAAGGCAGUCCACUGGAAAAGUCAAAGUAAAAAAUGAAUCUACAGAGGAAGAGAAAAGGAUCAGCAACUAAUAAAAGAAGAUGGACCCCAAGGGCUUGUCGAAAACAGUCACUUAGUCGUGGAAGAUUUAUAUACAAAUCCUGGAAAUGAGGAACAGCCAGAAUCUUUCAGUUUUGUGAUACUUGAACGAGAAAGGUUACAAGAUGACAUGUCUGUAAAGCAAACUAUAGGACCAUUAGAGCAAAACCGUGUGUGA